AUGGAUUCCAAUGAAAAUAUAAUUCAACAACCGGCGGAUAGAGGAGACCAAGUUUCAAAAAUGGUAAAAGAUUUUAUCACUCCUAGCAACAGUUGGGAUAUAGAAAAAUUAGAUGAAUACUUCAGUCCUGCGAUUAAAGAAAAAAUCCUUGCAAUCUCAACUCAAAGCGAAGAGAAAGAUAAAAUGAAGUGGAGGCACCAUUCUUCAGGAGAUUUCUCAGUGAAAAAUAUCUAUAAUUUUCUUAACAACCAGGAUCAAGAAGUUGACACUAUGGUUGAUUUUCCUUGGAAGAGAUUAUGGAAAAUUAAAACAAUUCCAAGAAUUAAAUUAUUCCUUUGGAAAUUAGUGCAGAAGGCUCUACCAACUUCAAGUAGACUUGCAUCUCACAUGGACAAUAUUUCUGCGGACUGCCAGAUGUGUAAUGCACAAAUUCAAGAAAACGAGCAACAUUUAUUCAGGUUUUUCCCCUUUGCGAGAGCCAUCUGGUUUGGGGUUUCGUUAAGCUUUAUUAACAACCCACCUUUCCCUGACUCAAUAUGCAAUUGGGUCAAAAACUGGAUAGUAGACCCGAACUAUGCUCAAAUCUCAGACAAAAUUGCUACAGUCCUCUGGUUUAUGUGGAAAUACAGAUGUUCAGUUGUCUUCGAAGGAAAGGAUCUUAACCCGACAAUGCUGAUAGAGAUGAUAAACAAAUAUCUUCACUCAGCAGCUUCAAUAUCAAUCACGAAAAAAACUUCAGCUAGAAAUGGAGUAGUAUCAACUCCAAAUUGGAGUACAAUUAACACAAAAUGGAUAAUUUUUAUAGAUGCGACUUUUAAGAAAGAAUAUCUUUCAAUGGGUUUUUCCUUUAUCUUAUAUUCAAUGGACCAAGAGCAAUUCAUGCAUAUCGAAGCAGGCUCAGAUAAAGCAAUGACAGUUGUUCAGGCAGAAGCAAAGGCAAUGCUUAAAGCUACAUCAUGGUUAAGAAAUAAUAUUUUAUCCAGUGUUUCAAUUAUCACGUAUUGUAAAACUAUUGUCGAUUUCAUCAAUAAGAAGUGUGAGGAAAUAUCUUGGGAAGCUGAAAACACAAUAAAAGAAGUUGGAGCGAAUCUGGAUAACCUUCCUCAAGCCAAGGAACUUCAUGGUGGAAAUAUGUCGUCGAGAAAAUUCGUAAAACCUAGCAGUGACUUUAGUGAGCCAUAA